GAAAUAUUUUAUACUAAAAAAUAAAAGAAACGGAAAACGGACACUCGCAAAUAUAAACAAUAUAUAUCUUGGAUAUAUUUCUCCAUUUCCAGGCGUUUCUAAAAAUGCGCCUUAACGCGAAAGCCUUUGAGGUUCCAUUAGACAUUAACCCAUUACCUACCAGUGAUCUCAUAUGAGAUCACUUAAGAAUUACAAAUUUCGUAAUUAUCUGUUGAGAUGCUCUGUGUUUCUUUCAACUGAUUUUGAAUAUAAUAAAGAAUUUCGUAAAAUAACUUAGGAACAUAAAUUGUGACCAAAGUUUGGUGGCAGAUUUUAAAUCGGAACUCUUGAGCACAAAGUAUGAAAAGGCUUCCAGUUUCAUUGAAAUAUGAGAUUGCCAAGGAAAUUUCAAUUUAUCAUUGCAGUAAUAUUGUCAAAUUUCUACUGUUGAGCUUUGUGAGACCACUACUGAGACGCCUCCGAAAAAAAAGAAAACCGUUGGAAAACAAUUUAUAGCAGAGACUCCAGCUAAGAAGAUCUGAAGAAGGAAUUGUAAUUCCGAAAUAUCAUUGGACUCUAGAUAACCAAAUUACAACAAAUAACCAGAAGACACUGGCAGUAAAGAAUACUUCAGUGGUCGGAAUCAACGUUUACCAUCUUUUAACCCUUUAGUGUUCAAACCGGCUAUAUCCGGCCCAAAUAUUCUACUCAUUUUAUGCUCAAACUGGCUAGAACCAGUAUCUCACACCUACCCUGCAAUGUCAUUCUAAAAAUAAACAGCUACAUCUUUCAACCCUUGAAGCUACAAGAUAAUACCAGAUUAACUUUUGAAAAUGUAAAUGAAUAAGGAUUACUUUUGACAUAUUAAUUUGAACGCUAAAGGGUUAAAGAUUAAAGGAAAACAUCACAAGGAACAGAUAUAACUCGGAAUAUGUAAACACAUGAUGGAAUUACUGUGGAAUAUUUCUUUUGAGUGAAACUAUUAGCAAAAUAUCUCUGCUUCACUGUCUGGAAUAUGUUAAAGAUGAUAUGGUAUUCUAAUUAAACUUGUCUUACAAAGGAGUUUGAGGUAUCUUCAGAUAUUGACUGAGAGAAGAUUAACAGAAAUAUUAGUUUGUCCAGAAAGUUCUGAGUGUUUUUAAGCUUAAUCGUUUAACGCAUCAUUGAACACAUCUGAAACAUGACACAGUUAAAACUUUGGCAUUGCUUGAAGUGGUAGUGCAUCUCUUCCUUGUUCCUGACUAAAACUAGAUUGAUCUUUUAUUCUUGUGACCCUUUAUUCGCAUUUGAAAUGGAUAACCAGAAAUUCCAUAUUCGUGUUGUAAUGCUUUUCUUAUUUAAAAAGGGGGAAAAUGCUGCAAAGACUUGCAAAAACAUUUGUGAAGUUUAUGGUGAUGAUGCUGUGGGUGAAUCGACUGUUCGAAGGUGGUUUGCGAAAUUUAAAACUGGAGAGUUUAGCUUGGAAGAUGACAGUCGCAGUGGAAGACCCUCAAAAUUGGAUGAAGAGGUUUUGAAGGCAAAAAUCGAAGGAAACUCAAAUAUCACGACGAGAGAACUUGCAAAGGAGCUCGAAGUUUCUAAAAGUACGGCUCAUGAACACCUGGUGAAGCUUGGAUACAAUUCUCGCUAUAAUGUGUGGGUCCCUCACAAACUCUCAGAAAAGAAUUGCUCGGAUCGGUAUUCCGUUUGUGAUAUGCUUUUGAAACGGAAUGAAAGUACCCCUUUUUUGAAACAACUUGUAACUGGAGAUGAAAAAUUGAUUGUGUACGAAAAGACAGUGCGGAAAAGAUCCUGGAGUUUACACAAAGACCCCUCAAAACAGCAGCUAAAGACAAAUAUCCAUACCAAAAAAGCUAUGCUUUGUGUUUGGUGGGAUCAUAAAGGCAUUAUUUAUUAUGAGCUUCUCCCACGAAACCAGGCCAUUAAUUCUGACGUGUACUGUCGUCAGCUGGCUAAAUUGAACCAAAAAAUCAAAGAACUGAGGCCGGAGAUUGCCAACACGAAAGGGGUAGUGUUCCAAGAAGACAAUGCCCGACCACAUGUAUCUUUGGCUACCCGAACAAAGUUACAUGAACUUGGCUGGGAUCUCUUACCUCAUCCACCAUAUUCUCCUGAUAUUGCGCCAUCUAGCUACCACUUGUUUUUCUCUCUACAGAACUCAAUGCAAGGAAAAACAUUUAAAGAUUUAGAUGGAGUCAAAAUGCAUCUAGAUAACUUUUUUUCUUCAAAACCAGUCAAAUUCUACGCUGAUGGAAUAUUGAAAUUGCCUGAUAGAUGGGCAAAGGUCAUUAAUAAUAAUGGAAAUUAUUUCAUUGAAUAAAAUUUAUUGAAAGGUCAA